AUGAAGAACAAAUAUGAUUUACACAUCAAAAACACCUUCGAUUUGAAGAUUUCACAAGUGAUGAAAGAUAUGGAAUCCAUGUUCGAUGACAUAAAGUCUGAUAUUUUGAAAAUAGCUGAUGAAAAAUUAUCACAUGCUUGUAAGACUCAGAUUGUCAAUACGGAGAAAACUACAUAUGCUGAUAUAACUGGUAGUAAAUCCAUGGUUGUUAUUAAACCAAUCGAUGUUGAACAAACGAAUGAUAAGACCAAAUGCGAUAUUAUGAAAAAUAUCAAUCCGGUGGAUUAUGGAGUGCAAGUAUCCCAAGUAAAAAGGGUCAGAGAUGGUGGAAUUCUUAUUGGGUGUAAUAAUACUGAAGGUGCUACAAGUUUUGCGAAAAUUGCCAAAGAAAAGUUAUCGUCUUCCUACAAGGUUUCUGAAGUAAGAAAAAAUUUACCAAAAAUCAAAGUCGUUGGUCUGGUUGAAAACUAUACAGGAGAAGAUCUAGUUAAGUAUUUGAAGGGCCAGAAUGAUGUUAUAUCAGACGAUUGUCAUGUUAGUGUAUUACGAGUUUGGGGAACCAAGAAAGAUUCAAAUAUUUUUCAAGCUCUCGUCGAAUUGGAUGCUUCAGCUUAUGGGUUGGUACUCAAUCGCGGUAAACUUUUUGUUAACUAUGAUAUUGAUAAAUUCGAAGUUUUGGCGAACACGCCGGUUUACCGACUCUUGAUUGUUGGAAUCGAAGUUUUUGGUGGAUAUGAAAAAGUAUAG